CAAAUAAUCAAUAAUAGUUAACGGUACAAUAUAUUAGAAAUUAAACACUAAAAAUUCCAAAGCUUAAAACGUGUAGAGGAUAUAGAUAAAUCUCUCACACAAAACGGUCAAAGGAGUCCUUGUAUCUCUCGUACUAACGACUUGUUCACUCUCCGCAAUUUAUAUAUAGAAUCAUCAUCAUCACCAUCUCUAAUCUAUACAUACAUUACAUACACAAAAUCUCCUCCCCAUCAAAACAUCAUCAUCUAUCCUUAUCUCCCCCUCCUCAUCUCAUAUAUUUCUCCCCAACAUUCUAUUAUUUGCAUGCAACGCAGCCCUUUUCUUGAUCAUUAAUGGCGACAACAAGAAACAGAGAAACCCUAAAACCAGGACGUGUCUGCUUCUCAUUCGCAGCCUACGCCAAGAAUCUCAUUGACACGUUAAUCAACUCCAAUGUUCAGGUGACACAUGGCCUCACGGAUUCUGAGUUUUCGUGUAUUGAAUCCACGUUUGGGUUCACAUUUCCGCCUGAUCUGAGAUCGAUUCUCCGGGAAGGGCUUCCGGUGGAUGCGGGGUUUCCGAACUGGCGAUCAUCUUCGACUCAGCAGCUUCAGAUUCUUGUGGACUUGCCGGUUUUGAAUUUGUGCAGGCAGGUUUCGAGGAGAGAGUUUUGGUUGGAUUCUUGGGGGAUUAGGCCUCGGGAUGAUGAUGAGGCUGUUGAUUUGGCUAAAGGGUUGUUGAGAAAUGCGCCGGUUCUUGUGCCUAUAUACCGGCACUGUUACAUUCCGGCGAGUCCGGGUUUGGCGGGAAACCCGGUUUUUUAUGUGCAUGGCGGUGAGAUUAGGGUUUGGAGUUUUGACGUGUCAGGGUUUUUUCAACAGGUUGAGUUUGGUGGCAAUGGGGAGGUUUCGAGGCGGCCGACGUCGUUGUCGAACUUGUUUGACGCGCCGGCGUGGGCUGCCACGGAGGCGAGGAGGAUAGCGUUCUGGACGGAUUUAUCGGAGGGGAAGGGGGAGGCGCGUGGGGAGAUUGGGGGAGCGCGUGAGGACACGCGCGGGUGGUGGAGUGGGGAGCUGGGAGGGUGUUUGGAACAAGUGUAUGAAAAAUUAAAGGAGGGAGGAUGGAAAGAAGAUGAUGUCCGAGAGAUGAUGAUAAUGGACGGCUCCGAUGAAAAGUUAUCAUGGUCAUCUUCAUCAUCGUCACCACUUGAUCAAGAUGAUAGUAGUAGUAACAGCACGUGCAUGAAGGAUGAGGUGGAGUUGCAUGUGAGAGUGCUUUCGGGGACUUUGUUGCGUGCGGGAUGGAGCAGCGAAGAUGUGAUGGAGUUGCUUGGGUUCCAAGAUGAUAACACAAACUGGUUAGACUUUAACAAAAAAGAAGACUUUAGUGUAAAUAACACUUGUUUGACGAAAGUGUAGUACAUAUUUCUACUGGCAGUUUUGAUCAUAUAACAUAUUGCAUACUCAUUGGUUGGUAAAAUUCUUUGUUUCAAAAGACAUUGGUUUGAGUUGAAUUAGGUGACAUAUUAAAGUUAGUGAUUAUUUGUUGAUGUGAGUUUUUGGUAGGCAAAAUUCGAAAAUGUAAUAUUCAAUAAUUAGCCCAUAUGUUUCUGGGGUCCCUGCUAAACUUUGUGGUUGAUUAUGUGUAUAAAAAGUCUAAUAUCAUCAACAUUUUCAUUGUUGUGGUUGCGGGUAUCUGCUAUAAUAACACGCUUUUCGCACUUA